UUGAUUUUCGAGAUUUCAAAAAUUUGUAAGUAUUAAAAACUAAGAGAAUUUGAUUUGAAUGCUAAAGUUGAUUAAGAUUAACAAACGCAUUUUUUUGAGAUUUAAAAAAGCCUGAAGGAAAAAUACAAGAGAACAUCGUGAUCAAAACUAGAAUAUGGAUGGACCUUCGGAAAGUGACAGGCUAGUACCCUACAGAAUAAAUAAGCAAAGAACAUUAACAAUACUGCUAGCUGCUUUAAUUUCAUCUUUGUUAUCUGUCUCUUGUGGAUUUUUUUUAUGUUAUAUUAGGUUAUAUAUGGUUUCUGAUUUUUUUAGUGGUUUUCUUCUUGCCGCAUUUUUGGGAUGUUUCGUUGCUGGGAUUUUAAUUAAUAAGAUUGGAAGAAAAUCAACUCUUCUUACAACCUCAGUUCUUUACCUUUUGGGCUAUUCAUCGGUAAUAUUAGGAAAUUUAGAAGCAUUUGGCUCUUUAUUUAUUUUGUUUGGCUAUAUAUUUGGUGGUUUUGCAGUUAGUAUGACUUUUCAUGCGGUGCCUGUUUAUAUUGUUGAAGUAUCAUCAGCUCGUUUACGCAGUAUAAUGGGUUCCAUACCUUAUUAUGCAAUAAUAUUCGGAAUAUUUUUAUGUCUUUUGACUAAAGAAAAUUUUUAUUCAAAGAUUGGAAAAUACUAUGCUGUACCUGGGUUGAUUGUGGUUUUGCUAAGUCUUUUAAUUAUUUAUAUGCCUGAAACUCCAUGGUGGCUUUUAGCUCAUAAUCAAAAAGAAAAAGCAUUCAAAAACAUGUUGUGGAUUCUUGGUAAUGAAUGUGAUGCAGAAGAUGCAUGCAAUCAAAUUGAAAUAAAUUUAGCUCACCGGCAUAUAGCAUCUGUCAAUGAUUUUCGAACACCCGGAUUGUAUCGUCCUCUUUUGAUUGGAUGCUUUUUAGUUUUUACUCAUCAGUUUAGCUUCGUUGGAUGCGUAUAUGCUGUGAAUAAUUAUGAAAACAAUUACAAUGGUUUUAUAAAACAAUUAUUUAUAAUACAAUUUGAAGUUGCAUUAGUGGGAUGCUUUAUAGUAAAUCUGUGUUCUCGCAGAUUUCUUCUUCUAUCUGGAAGUGCUAUUUUGUGCCUUUGUAGCGUUGGGUUUUUGCUCCUAUGUAUAUUGAAAAUUUGUGACUUCAUUGAUGAGGGUAAGGAUGAAAAAAUAUGGACAAUUAAUCUUUCAAUAUAUGUUACAGUAUUUAGCACUACAUGGGGACCAUUACCAUGGAUUAUAAUUUCAGAGGUAAUUCCACCUCGUGCUAGUGGACUUCUUGGUAGUCUUGUUGGAUUAGUUAAUUGGCUACUACUGUUUUUAGUUUCAAAUAUUAGUAGUUUUAAUUUGGAUUGUUAUGGCCGAUUAGUCUUUUUUUGCUUUACAGCAAAUUUACUUAUUCUAAGUUUUAUUUUUGUUUACUAUAUUGUACCGGAAACAAAGAAACUUACUUUAGAAGAAAUUGAACAUUACUAUAUCAUCAAUCGCGGAUUUCGAAAUUAUUUGUCUUAAAUUAGAUCUUUUGAUACUUUUUCCACUGAUACACCAAAAUGAUAAUAAAAUUGCUGAAUUUUAAAUACGAACUUAUUUCUUACAUUUUUAAGACUGAGUAUUUAUUUACUCAAUAAAAUCUUAUUUUACUUCAUUGGAGCUGAAUAUAGUUUAUCUUUUUUAAAUGAUCAUUCUCUAUACCAUGUGUAACAUUAAAAAUAUUGCAGAAUACAUAUAUCACAUUAAAAAAAUUGUAG